AUGGCCCCUUCAUUCGGUGAAAUGGAGCCCGCCGAGGCCGAAUCCGUCUACUUCAACGAAUACCCCCCUCCGAAGGCCCUUCCCAAACACGAAGCUCUCGCCCGGGCAUUCGUUGAGCUACAUGUGGAAGACAAGCGCCGCGUCGUGCUUGUCACUUCCGGUGGAACUACAGUGCCAUUAGAAACCCAAACGGUCCGGUUCAUCGACAAUUUCUCCGCGGGUACUAGAGGUGCCACGUCUGCAGAAUACUUUCUCGAACAAGGGUACGCGGUGAUUUUCCUGCACCGCCAGUACAGUCUGCUGCCAUAUUCUCGACACUACAGCCAUUCCACAAACUGUUUCUUGGACUUUAUGGACGAGGCGCCCCCGACGGACGCCUCUGCAGACUCGGACCAUGGGCGGAUUGUCGUGCGCAGCGAAUACCAGGAUGCGAUGCGGGAUGUCUUGCGGAAGUACCGAUAUGCGAAGCAACAUAACCGCCUGCUCCUGCUUCCAUUCACCACUGUGGCCGAGUACAUGUUCGAGCUCCGCUCACUUGCCAAGAUUAUGCAGCCAAUAGGUGCCAAUGCUCUGUUCUAUCUCGCAGCGGCUGUCAGCGAUUUCUUCAUCCCCCGCAGCCGGAUGGCAGAGCAUAAGAUCCAGUCGUCGGAGCUUCCUGCUCAUUUCCAGAAGGAUAAUUCCGUUGGGGCAGAAGAAAUCUAUACUGGCGAGAACGAGGAAAAGCCUGCAAAUAGCAAGAAGCUGGUCAUCAACCUCGACCCCGUGCCCAAGUUCCUCCACCGGCUUGUAGAUGGCUGGGCGCCGGAGGGAAGCAUGGUGGUCUCGUUCAAGCUGGAAACCGAUCCUUCAUUGUUGGUCUACAAGGCACAGACAGCAUUGCAGCGAUAUUCACACCACUUGGUCAUUGGUAACCUCCUUUCAACUCGCAAGUGGGAAGUUGUAUUCAUAAGUCCCGACCAGCCCGAGAGGUGGAUCCGAGUACCCAAGUCUCGCCGCAGCAAGAGCAUCUCUGGAGUGGAAGAUCAAGUUGGCCUUGCGGAGGCUAUGAAGGGAGAGAAGGGCCCUGAUACCCAAACUGAUCUGGAAGAAGAUGGACCUAAGGGAUGGGAUUGA